GACGACCGCGGAAGCAAUCGUAUUUCGCUAUCGAAAAUCCUAGACCCGACCCUUCUGAUCGCCGAUUAGGUGUGAAAAAAAUUCGAACGUAAACUUUCAGAACGCACUUCAGAUUCGGAAAUCCCAGAUUCGGUAAUCCUUCGAAAUGCGUUUGGGAGGUGGACUUGGGAAGCAUAACUCUUGAAAACACAUGUAGAGGCUGAGAAGCGUAAACCGAAAAACGAAAGUGGAAUACGAAAGGAAGAGGAAUAUUACAAAAUGUGUAAAAUAGUUUAAAGAUGACACAAAAAUUUUGGAAAGCUUUCCGUGUACACAUGUGUUGAAUAUAGAAGUAUGAUGUAACAUGUGUCAGUUACACGCCUGCGCUUUCGCAAGUAAGCUACACUGGCGAAGCUGCCUUCUAACGUCUCACCCCGUAAUUCCGCGAGUGGUGGUACGCAUCGUUUACGAGCGUAGCGAUGAAGGUAGUGGUGACGUUGAUUCUAUCGCUAAUCAUUCCUCGCGGGCCAUAUACGUGUUUUUUCGGUCAGUUGGUCAAUCUUCGAAACGCAGUGACGUUGAAUCUUUGCCAUCCAUAUACGUGCGAUUUACUAUGCUUGUGAAACAGAAUGCCAAAGAACAAAACAAACGAUUUUCCGAAUUACGAAAAUUCCAGCUACUGUCGAUGCGAAAUUAUCAUCGAAAUCAAGUUCCAGUGUAGUGACUCGAAUAACAUUUCGUUUUGAUAUGCAAAAACCAACAGUAUGUCCAUCGAGAAAGAAAGAACAAGGAAAUUCUUUGAAAGCGCGCAUGGCAUGAAACUGAGUGCAGGAUUUUAUGUUUUGUUACUUGGGCUUGUAACAACGGUUACUUUUUGCACGGCGAAACAAAUAGAUUCCGACGGAUUUCAUAGAGGUUGUAAACUUGAAGGAUUACAUCCAUUUUUAAUCGUGACCUACAAGAAUAUUACAAUAUCUGUAGACAAGAUCACUGUACCACACGGGGAACGGGUAACGGUAAGAUGCAGAGAACUUGGCAAAUACAAGCUCGUCGGUGAUCCUCUGUUGCAUUGUCGUAAUGCAAGUUGGAGCGGGAAACUACCCUCUUGUACUCCAACGACAGCGAUUUCAAAUUAUACCGGAGAAACAGAGGAUGUACCGCCAACGAUCGUGUUUGGAUUACCGGCCGGUUCAGCAGCAGUCGAGCCAUCUGGUGCUCUCGCCGUUUAUCCUGGAAGCAUUCUUCACCUGGAAUGCCUAUUCGCUAGAAAACUUGGUAAUCCAGAAUGGACUUGGACCUCGACAUUUCGUCAAUACUUGACCGGAUGGGCGAUCGCUGCUCGUGAAAGAGACUGGAAGUAUCGAUUAUCGAUAUAUUAUGCGAAAACGCAAGAUUCAGGAGUUUACACGUGCUCUACACCUCGUGGAUUAUCCAAUUCCAUACGUGUCCACGUUGUCGAUGUUCAGUGUCCCGUUUUGAACCUACCCAAACCACCGUUAAUCGGUAAGAUCGAAGGUGCGCGUAUGGGUCACGGAGCAACGUUCGAAUGUCCAAUUGGAUUUAAACUAGAAGGCGCAGCUGGUAUAACGUGUCAAUACAACGGUAAAUGGUCAGCCGAAAUUCCGCGAUGCGAAACAAUCGUAUGUCCACCUAUAGAUAAAUUCGAUGAUACAAGGUUGCAACUUCUCGAAUACAACAAUACGUUUGGUCGUAGAGCGGUAUUUGCCUGCAUGUGGGGUCAUAGAUUAUUAGGAUCGCAGAGCAUAGAGUGCCAAGGUGACGGUUCGUGGAGCGGAAGUACUCCUAGUUGUGAGGAAAUCAUCUGCCCGACUCCGUCGAUACCAAAGAGUGGCCGUAUUAUCGAACAAACGAAUCGCCAUAAUUCAGGAAGAAAACACCAAACGCGUAUGUACAAAGUUGGUGCACUUGUCAGGUUUGCUUGCGUGCCUGGUCAUCAACUGUUAGGCGAGGCCUCUAUAAUUUGUACAGAGAACGGAACAUGGUCUCAUCCGCCACCAGUUUGUAAAGUGAGAUGUCCUUACCCAGGCGAUCCGCCCCACGGACGAAUCGCACCUCUUAAAUUUUGGUACAAACCAGGUGAUAAUAUACAGGUAACUUGUUCACCGGGAUACGUUACACCAUUGGAACCUGUAAGGAAGCCAACUUGUCGAGAAAAUGGAAUAUGGAGUGCUCCCCCACCACCUUGUAGGUCAUAUAAAGAUGUUUAAAGAGAAAAUGAAUUCUUUAAAAAUCUCAUCAAUGAUAACCAGUGUCGUACCAAUGUGUUGUAAGGCGCGAACAAACACGCAAUUGCAUGUCACCAUAUCGCCCAAUUGCCAAUCGCGUACCGCUCGAUUAAUAAAUUAUGCGGCAAUCUAAACGAUUCCAUUGAAAACAUAUACGAUCUAGAGCACAAAAUAGACCGUGUUUGAUCGUAGAAUAAAUGAUACAUAUCAACGAAGCUACACGAUCGAAUUUGUAUGCAUUCAAAACGAUUAAUUGCCUAACCAGUCGUUUUCUUGCAAUCUCAUAUCGUGAGCGUUGACAUUAUAUCGCUGUUCGAGAUAUGUAUGUAUAAUACUUCGUGCAUAACAAUUUCGACAACGAUACAUAAACUUACCGUUAGACUCCAGCUCAACGUGGUUAGCUACGUUGUACGUGAAUGCUUAAAUGCAGAUCCGUAAUAAUAUCAGACAUUUUUUUACUAACAAAAUAUUAUUAUAAUAUAUUCCGGGAAACUAAGGAAACAAGAGGAACAACGAUAUUUAAAAACAAGAAUGACAAAGAAAGAAUUUAGAAUAGGAAAUAGAAUGAAACGACAAAGAUGAUAAAGAAGGAAAAGAGAGAAGAGUAGAAGAAUGGAGGGAAAAGAAGAGAGAGAGAAAGAGAGAGAAUGUAUGUGAUAAUACGUGUGCAAUAAAUGAAUGCGAUAUAGAUUACACGAUGCCUAAUUCUAACCCUUAGAAGAUUAUAGAAUCUCACAUUUUCCCCUUGUAUGUGAUACGUCUUUGUAUGUAAAAUAAAAUUACGUUAUUCUCUAA